CGAGAGCUCAGCUAGGCCCAUGUCUGUCAGCUGUCGGUCUGUAGAACGGAUGUGUAUUUGUGGUGUUCUGUUCCUCGUAGAGCACGAAUAACGAAACCGUAUUGUGUUUUCUGGCAAGAAUAGGGUUAACUUAGACUAGUUAACGCUUUAACCCUAUAAUGAGAAUCUGUGAUGGAUGAAGUGCACUCUGCAGGCGUUACCAUUGCUGGUGUUCUACAAAAACACCUCCCCGGGUCGGAGGAAUUCUGGCUGUGGGUGACAUAUCUCGGGGACCCAUCCUGCGUCUUCCUUUUAUAUUUCCCCUCGGCUUAUGCCUUCCAGCGCCGGCUCGGAGUCACUCUUUUAUGGUUGGCUUUAAUUUCUGAAUGGCUCAACCUCAUCUUCAAAUGGUUCCUUUUUGGAGAACGUCCAUUCUGGUGGGUUUAUGAAUCGGGAAAAUACAACGAGGUCAACCUGAAGCAAUUUCCUUCAACAUGUGAGACGGGGCCUGGGAGUCCCUCUGGACACUGCAUGAUCACAGGGGCGGCUCUUUGGCCAGUAGUGGUGGCUUUAACCAAUCGAUGUUCCCAGAGGGGGAUCCAACGUUUUGCCCCAAUUCUCCUCUAUUGCUUACUGAUGAUUGGAAUAGCUGUAUCCCGAGUUCUUAUCCUGGCACAUUUUCCCCACCAAGUCGUGGCCGGCAUUCUCACCGGUGUGUUCCUGGGCCAUGUGUUGCAGAGGACCGUUCCCCGAGAUCGGACUCUCGGGUUUUUCACACUGGCAUCUCUAUUUCUCCUCGUUGGUGCUCUUCUUUUAAACUGGAUUAUGAGUGCAUUAGGAGUGGACCUUUCGUGGUCUAUUCACAUGGCUACUAAAUGGUGUUCCAGGCCAGAAUGGAUUAGACCAGAAUCAAGACCCUUCUCUUCAAUAACCAGGAGCGCCGGGAACGCAUUAGGACUUGGUUUAGCUCUUCACUGUCCAUUGUACAGGAAACUUUCUAAGGGAACCGAAGGGUGGCCUGAGAGAGCUAUCGGUUUUCUGUUCUCUUUCCUGUUCCUGAAGGUCCUGCACGGCGCCCCGUUCCCCGAUUCUUCAGCUGUGAUAUUUUACUUGGUGAACUUCUUGCGCCAUUCUCUGUGUCCCCUCGCCGUCAUCAUCCUGGCACCAUUUAUCACAAAAAGACUUGGCUUGGGAGAUUCUCACAAGAGAGACUAACCUUGCUUGUUAACUAGUUACAGUCAUUAGAAUAUCGCAACGCGUAUGCAAUAGGCAGAAACUGAAUUCGCAUAAAUCGUUUUUGGACUGUUUUUUGUUUCAGUUUCGGAUGGGUCCAGUUUACAAUUCCCAUGUCAUUUCAUCCCCGAAUAAACCGUCACUAAGUUGACAUUUUAUACGUUUUACCCAAA